AUGCCUGGUCGACUGUCCGUUCGCACGAAGGAUAAGCAGGGCGAUACAGCCCAGGGCCCUCAAACCAUGUUGUCUAGCCUGACCCCGCCGGUGACUCCAAUCAAGGCACAAGGCAGCGCUUCGGGGAGCGAGAAUAGGGCCAACCACAGCUGCUCGACUGCUCUGCCGUCGCCCGUCAGCGCAGAACCGAAAGAAAUCGACUUGACCACUCAUACUGUCACAACGCCUCUCGAGUAUUCUGACGAGUUGGAGUAUCAUUACGACGUUGAAGGCCACCCCGUCGAAUAUGGCAGCGGCGUUUGGAGCGUAGUUUACGAAGCAUCAUCCCGUACCGGGUCGAGCUCCCCACUAAUCUCUCCCCCCAGCUCCCCAGUGACAGGCAGUCACUUGGUAGCAGUGAAGUCCCCGGUGCGACGGGAUGCAUAUCCCGUUCUUGAAGCUGAAGCGCUCAUAUUGACGCGGAUUAGCAUGAUGUCAGACUCCGAGCGUCACGUUGUCCCAUUCCACGGAUAUAUCUCCAACACUCAUUCGAUCGUUAUGUUGGCGGUGCCACUCUCAUUUGCAUCUUAUAUCGAGGAACAAGCGACCUCAGCCCAGAAACAUCAGUCCACCAAAACGAUGUUCGAGCCCAUCCAGGGUCUAACCCAGUGGCAAGACCUGGCCGAGAAGCUGAUCACUAGCCUCUACUGGCUGCACAUGGGACCCCAAAUCAUCCAUGGAGAUAUCAAGCCGCACAAUAUCCUACUCAAACCGAAACCGUCCACCUGCAGCGAAUCCGCGGACGACUUCUUCCCCUUCGACCCGCUCUUCGCGGAUUUCUCGUCCGCCCACAGCGUCGCCGGCACCUCGUUAUUUACCGAGAAACAGAAACACACGGGCACGGCCCUGACCGCAUUAACCCCGCCAUUCGCUGCCCCAGAACUCUUGUGCAUCUCGUCCUUGACAUCCGCAGAGGCGGCACCCACGCCGGCAUCGGACGUGUUCUCUCUGGCGGUGACGCUACUCGCCGCAGCCACGGGGGACUUGCUGCUGUACCCGGGGACCAGCCACAUGCAGCGACUGGCAAUGGCUCGUGAGGGCCACCGAGUGAUCGAGUUUGCUCGUUCAGGGCCCAACGGGGCGCGGGUUCCCCGUAACGGGGUAGUAGAACGGAUCCUCUUACCUGCCAUUACGAAGGAGCCAACGGAACGAAUCCAGCCAGAAGAAUGGCUGAGAUUGGUGCGAAGCAUGCGAUGA